AUGUUAUUGCCAGUGAUAAUAAUAACAAUAAUAACAUUGACUGACGAUUCGGUGUUGGCAUCUGUAGAAAUUGAGCAACUUGCACCAAAACCCCACUGUUGCAUCGGAAACAAUUAUGCUGGGCAAGGACUGAUUGGAACGCAUUAUGACGUAAGCAGUGCACCAGUUGAGGUUAUCGAUUCUAAAACACUGCGCAUCAAGCAGUUCAGCUUCUCGGGAACGCAAGCUCCGGACGGAUGGAUUUUGGUUGGAGAAGGUGAAGUUGAUAAAGAAAUUGGUCAAAAGGCAGCUGUUCUACUUGCAGAUGGACAAGAAAAUUACUGUCCGAUUCUUGAAGACCACAGAGGCGAUGCAGAUUUGUUUGUACGCCUUCCGACGGGUGUAACAGUUUAUGAUAUAAAUUACUUGAGCGUUUAUUGUUAUGCAUAUGGUGUCGAUUUUGGGCAUGUCAACUUUAGAUUAUCGCCUGAUGAGAUAGCAGUUCCGGGAUACAUACCGCCAAUACGACAUUUGUCGCAACAGAUUCUGAAGCCAAUAAUUUGCUAA